GCCUUGAAUUUUUGUGGCCGCUCGCAGAAGCAAAACCAGCUCAGCUGAAAGGAAAAUCGAGCGAAAAGGGCAAAAGAAGGUGGUGGUUAUCCAAUUUCCUGCCUACCAUCCUUUCCCCGCACCAAUUCCCUCCUUUUUUUUGCACCUUCUCUUCUCACUAGGGUUUUCUUUCCGUUUCGUUCAAACCCGAAUUGAAAACGAGAAAACACAGAAACAGAAAUCCCGGGAGAAUCCGUUCAUCUUAAUGAUUGGUUAGUAGUAAUGCUAAUUUGCAUAAAUUCCCAAUCGCAAACCCAAGAAUCCAAUUCUUCCUUCUUUUUGGAUUUGCCUGCUCUUGAUUUCCAAUUAAAUAAUUGGGAUCCUGUUUACUCCUCCCCACCCCCUACUUAAAUAAUCUCAGCCAUUGAAAUUUCGCAGCUGAGCUGUGGUCGGUUUGUAUCUUUUGAGGCUACCCAUUGAUCAAUCCCCACCACCGGACAGACAGGAAGCUCCUCUUCGUAUUAGGGUUUGUUUGUCUUCUUCCCGUUCCUCCUCCUCUCGCCGUUAGGUGUUUAAUUGUCGUUAUUGUUGGCUUUUCCUUUUUUCAUAUGUUCCGGAUCCCGUCUCAGCCACCACAGCUUUUCCAGGGUAAGAAGAAACAGCGGAAGGAGGCGAGAAGGCUGAGACUUUACGCGCUGCGUUGAGAUUUCGUCACAAUCUGGCUAAGGAAAGGUAGAUAGAACUCUUUCGUUCCCGAUUCGUAUCUGCGUCUGAAUCUUCCUGUUUGUUCGCUUAUGUAGUUUGAUUAAGUUUCUCAAUUUUUUUUUUUGAUAAUCAGAUUAAGUUUCUCCCAUGUAAUGGGAACUUUGGACUCUUUGUUCCUUCAAUCCUUCUAAUUUUUGGCUCUGCUUUGCAUUUGUUUCAUAAAGACUUCUGGGUUGUUUUGGAUGCAAGAUUGAAUUGGUGGGACGAUUUGAUAACAUGAGAUAUGCUUAUAUUGGGCCCAUUUUGGAAGCCAUUCUUUUGCUCUGAUUGGUUGAUUUGUUGUUUGGAUCGCAAAGGUUGUUGGGGAAACUCUACUGUUCCUUGGGUUUCACUCCAUUUUUUGUUUUUCAUUCUCAUUUACUACUGGAUUGACUAUUUGAAAUGCCAUUUUUGUUGGUCAAUGGUGAACCUGUGCCAUUCCUGCCUGGAUUUUGAUUAUCUGAUGGUUGAACUGAGCUGAGGGUUGAUUUUGGAAUCUUUUCCUUUGUUGGUUUUAUUGAUUCAGGCCAUCGUGUCAUAUGUAUAUUGAGGACUGGAUAUUCCUAGUGAGCAAAGAUUUUGGUUCACUCUGGCCGCCGCAACAAAGUUGAAGUCUUCUCCCACCUCAAAGUGGGCGUGGGGUGAUUGCAAGGAAGUGAUUCUGCUGUGUGUUUUGAGGAGAUCAAGAUCAUCCCAUGUUUGGAGGCUCUGCCGUGUUUCAGAGGGCUUGUCUCUUGAUUAUGGCUAACAUCUCCACUUGCUAGACCAAUAAUACAUAUCGUUUAGAGUCCAAUUUGCAUUAGAUUUACAAAUUCAGGCUUUCUAGAUGUGAUCUCCAUAUAGAAUUCUGUUUUUAGCGCUAGUGUAGUAGUGCAAGCGCGCGGGUUGUGGAUGUAGAGCUCUUUCUCGCUUUGCUGUUGCAAUGGUUAGGUUCUCGUGCUUCAACGGUCAUAUUACUCCAUCCCACAAAUCGAAGAGAACUGUUGAACAUUCGAUGGAAUCAAUGCUGAAGAUGUUGCAAGAUUCUUCCAAGAUGCCAGCUGUGAACACGGAGUCAACUCACGCUACUAGCUUGAAUCCAGUAUUUCUGAGGUCGAAAACAGAUAAUCAUAUUCAUUAUUCUACUAAGGAAAUCAUGAACUCAGGGGUAAUUGACCCAACAUUCGGACAUGAAGCUGAAGCUGGAAUUACUCGGACAACACCUCUGAAGAAAAGUAAGUCUCUGGGAAGUGAAUUAUGCCAUGAAGGUAGGGUUAUCUACAACAAUGACACAGAAGAAGAAGAGACAGACCACGGAUGUUCUAGUGGUUCCCCUGAUCACAAGGAACGAGGUGUAAGCCCGAGUAGUCAAUAUGGAAAGGCCCCUGUAUCUGAAUCUGUUCAAGUGGGUUCUGAAACUGUCAACAAUGGAUCAGCAUUCUCAAGUGGAGGAUAUUCUCAUCGUUCGGACAAAGAGAUUACUGAAAAUUCCGACAUUCAGUUAUCUGUAGAUGGUGCUGAUAAUUCUGGCCUUCCUACUCCUCAGAGGCCUAUUGUGCUUGACAGGUCAUGUUCAUUUCCAAACUUGAGUUCUGCCUCUGGUUCACACUUCAGAUACUUAUUAAGAAAAUCAAAAUCUAGUAAUGACCUACGCGGGUUAGAUAUGGGAUGGAAAGAACUUCCUUCAGUUCAUGAAGUUGGAAUGCAGUCAAUGUUGGAAAAGGAAAGAGAUGCUAACAUGUGUGGAAAUGAAAGAAACGAUUUUGAAAACCCUCCUGAUGAUGGUUAUGAAUCUUAUGAUUACACUUCUCUGGCAAAAGACUGGGUAAUGCCCGAGGAGGAGAAUUUACCAGAACACCUUGACCGAGACUUCUCCGUGCAGCAACCGGGUGAAUUUCCAAAUGAGGAUUUUAGAUUCAGGCGUAUUGAGGCAUGGGUCAAUGAUCUUCAUUCCUGCGGUCCAGUGGAAGAAACAAGUGUAUUGCUGGCUGAAGCUGAUGAACCGGUCGGUGGAGAAAAUUCAACGGUUUUGGGUAGACUGACGGCUGCUGCGAAGGUGGAUGAUAAAAUGAGUCCUGGCAUGGAAGCUGCAAAGAGAUACAUAUCUGCUUUGAGUCCCACGACUACCACUGCUCAGCUUUCCAACCAUGGGCUAGCAGUCAUUCCAUCUCUCAGUGCAUUUGGUGGUCUGAGAGUGCUUAAUCUAUCUGGAAACUCAAUAGCUCGAAUAACUGCUGGCGCCCUUCCUCGUGGGCUCCACAUGUUGAAUCUGGCGAAAAACAGCAUAUCCACUAUCGAGGGUUUAAGGGAACUCACUCGACUUCGUGUUCUGGACUUGAGCUACAACCGGAUAUUCAGGAUUGGACAUGGCCUUGCUUCUUGCUCGUCAUUGAAGGAGCUGUACUUGGCGGGCAACAAAAUAAGUGAGGUGGAAGGCCUUCACCGCCUGCUAAAACUCACAGUGCUUGAUCUUCGUUUCAACAAGCUCUCCACAACCAAGUGUCUUGGCCAGCUGGCUGCCAACUACAACUCCCUGCAAGCAAUAAGCCUGGAAGGAAAUCCAGCUCAGAAGAACGUCGGAGAUGAACAGCUCAAGAAGCACCUUCGGGGCCUACUGCCGCAUCUGGUCUACUUCAACAGGCAGGCGAUCAAAGCAGGGGCGUUGAAGGAUUCUACUGCUGAUCGGUCGGUGAGGCUUGGGAUUAGCAGUGGGCUGAGGUCGGAUAACAAAGGUGCGAGGAAGGGUAGCCACGGUUUGACCGGGUCCAGAGCAUUAUCGUCAUCUACUCAUGGUCGUAGCAGUACAUCCUCACCAAGGAGGCCGAAGGGGAAGCACUCGAAGCUCCCGCCUAGCGGGACCAGUAGACUGAGCACCCAUAGCCGACAGCAGCAGCAACAACCUGUGGAUCUUGGUAGCAGGCUUGUUGAAUUCAGAGCUGAGCUGGCGAUGCGCAGGAGCAGAAGUGAAGGAAAUAUGGGACCUCUGGCGUGAGAUGCUGAGUUUGUUUGUUUGUUUAUUGGAAAAGAAACAUUGUGUGGGUGUUUAUCAUGUUUGAACUUUCAAUUGCUUGCUUGUUGCCCUCCUUUGGCGGAGAGGGCUGUUUAUCAUUUGAUACCCAUCCCUAGAGCCCAGUGAUAUGAAGUUUGACACUGGGGAGAUUGUUUCCUUUGGAAUAAUGUUUGCUUGUGUUCUUCUAAUAAAGUUGUUUGUGCUUU